UUUCUCAUGGAUUGGCGAUAUGGCAAGAGCGAUAACCACACUGAAGAGAGAACAUAAAAUCACAAAAUGGAGACAAGAAUUAUGUGAUUUGCCGCGAAAUUCCCAGCCAAAAUCCAUGGGAGGGCAGUGCGAGGCAGAAGAGGAGCUUAGAACUUACCGAGGGGGAGAUGCCAUCUCAAAACUGAUGCAUAAUGAUUUAGCAAGCAUGUUUUCGGAUCGCUUUCUUUGGGAAAUACAGGAUCCACUGAAGACUAUGAACUUGUAUCAUUCGCAAAGCAACCUCCAAGAUCUCCAUGAGAACCCUACGAGAUGAGAAGCCUCCUUUUCUCCAAUUUUUUUUUUUCCUUUUUCCUAAUUCUCUGGUUUUAUUUUACUCCCCAUUAAGUUGAGGCUACAACGCAUAACACCUCAAACUAGAUGUUUCAUCAGAUGUUUGAGAAAAAGAUGGGAGUUACCUAUUAAUUCCUCUCAUGAAUGUUUCUUCAGAUGCAGUUAUUUGCCCUGUUGUGGUAGAUCCAGGUGAGAUCCUGAUGCCAACAUUCACACAUCCUCAUGCUAUAGUUCCACAUAACCUCUUCCAAUGGGUCAAAUAUGACACCUCCAUGUAGAUGUCUCCUUAGAUGGGGUUACUUAACCUGUUGUUAUAUAUCCUGGUUAUUUCAUGAUCCUCAUGCCAUGGUUCCAUACCCACUAUCAAAUUUCUUGGACUCAUGGACAAAACAUCUUCUUGCUCCAAUCAUGGGAUAGAAUUGUGGCAUGUUCAUCUUGGCCUCCUUGAGAUUUAUUCUAAUGAUGACAAUAGGAUUGUGAGGGAGUAGUAACUGUUUGUUGACAUAGCUCAUUGAAUUUGAAUGUUUGGAUUUAAAAUGGAGAUGCAGUACCCAAAUUAAAUGCAUUUUAGAGUAGAAAAGAUGGCAAAGUACCAAGUGAUAUGUCAAUUACUGGUCAAAAACUUCUAGCAAAUCACACAUAAGUUGUGUAGUUAAAAAAAGGAAAAAUAGUGCAUAAAGCAGAGUCUAUGCUUUUGCAGAAUGAUUUGGCAGCUAAUCUUGUGGAAGGCAGUUUUACUCGCAGCUGGUGCAGGACAAAGUAGUUAAUUUUGUCAUUAUUCACUUUCAGAACAACAGACUAAUUCAUGUAGGGAGCCUCCUUUAAAAAUUCUGAACAUACUGCAAUGUUAAUUGGAAGAAGAAGAAUAUUAUGACUACAACAGUUUUGCUAGAUAUCAGGAAAAUUUUUGAGUGGUUGAUGGAUUUUGGCAAUGCUUUAGGAAAGCACAAAUGUAACAGAUGACACAAGGAUUUAAUUAGUAAUGAAGAUCGAAGUUGGUUGGGCCUUAGUGCCUAGCAACUAUCCUUAGCUUUCAAACUGGACAUGGUGGGUGACUUGGUAUCUUGUUCGUCAAGGAAACAAGUUGAAAUGAAGAAUUAAAUGUAUAGGAUGCGGUGAAAAGCAUAAGAAAGCAAUAAUUCAAUUUGUGCAACAUACAAGUUUGUGGUGAGAGGACUGGAGACUGUCUAUCCAAAGAUAGGGUAACAGCUCCCAGUAUGUUAACAAUUAUUUCCUUGGUGUGCAUUUAUAUUCUACGAUCAAUUGUUUGGCUUUCUAGCCUUUUCAGGCUUUUGUAUAUUGCAUUGUGAAUUUGGGCAAUUUCAAGUUUUGAAAUUAUUCAUGUUAUGUUGAAGAAUCGAUAGAUUUCCUUUUUUCUUUGCUGUGGUCAACUGUUCUCUGUGUUUUAAUGCAUUCAAAUUUCAGGUUCCAGCAUCAAAUUCUUUCAGCUGCUACUUCUAGAAUUUUUUAUAGGAGAUGACAAUGAAUUCUGUUGCAUAUUAUUUCAGUCUUUUAUGGUAUCUGUUUGAAGCUUUUUCAUUAAAAACAGGGUGACAGGAGAUAUAUUCCCCUACAUCAACCUACAGCACAACAAGUGAUGAUCGAUACAAUAUCUGCAGGGCCCACUACUGUAUUCCUUAUUGGAUCACACACAAACUUUGCUCUCUUUCUGAUGACAAAUCCGCAUUUGAAAAAAUAUAUCCAGCACAUUUAUAUUAUGGGUGGUGGUGUAAGGUCAAAAGACCGUUGCCCCAACAAUUCCAGCACUUCCUGCAUUCCUCAGCAGUGUGCUGAUUGUGGUAACUUGGUUGAUGCCUAUGCUAGCAAUCCAUAUGCAGAGUUCAAUAUUUUCGAAGAUCCUUUUGCUGCAUAUCAGGUGUUCCAUUCUGGCAUUCCAAUUACCCUUGUCCCACUUGAUGCAACCAACACCAUCCCCAUAAAUGAGCAGUUCUUUAUGGCAUUCGAACAACAACAGGAUACAUAUGAGGCACAAUACUGUUUUCAGUCUUUAAAGAGUAUACAUGACACUCACUCAGAUAAUCAAUUUUACAUGAACUUUUAUAUGUGGGACUCGUUUACUGCUGGUGUAGCUGUAUCAAUCAUGCGCAAUGCUGACAACUUUAAUGGUGAAAAUGAAUUUGCUGAGAUGGAAUAUCUAAAUCUAACUGUAGUAACUUCAAAUAAACCAUAUGGUAUAUAUGAUGGCUCAAACCCCUUUUUUGAUGGGCGUGCAAUUCCAAAGUUCAGUUUACAGAAAGAUGGAGUACAUAGUGGUCAUGUUCAGACUGGACUUCAAGAUCCAUUUUGCUUUGUGCCUGGAAGUAAUAAAGGGAAAUGCAAGGAUGGAUACACCAAGGAAGUAACUGUCUCAGAAGGUGUCCGUGUUCUUGUUGCAAAGAAAGCAAAACCUAAUCAAGAUGUUCAAAGUCCACUAAACCGAGAAUUUUUUAAAUGUUUUCUAGAUGUUCUAAAUCUUCCUCAGCAAUCUGGGCGUUUUAACAUUAGCAGACAGUUUCCAUAUUACAGGGAGACACUCUACAUGCCAGAUUUUACAAAUCGAAGUUUGGGAAAGCCUGUUGUGUUUGACAUGGACAUGAGUGCAGGGGACUUUCUUGCCCUUACAUAUCUCCUAAAAGUACCCGUUGAAAUAAUAGACCUCAAGGGGAUACUAGUCAGUGGCAAUGGUUGGGCAAAUGCUGCAACAGUCGAUGUCAUCUAUGAUGUGUUACAUAUGAUGGGCCGUGAUGACAUUCUAGUUGGCCUAGGUAACAUAAAUGCACUUGGCACACCGAGUCUUGGCUGCAAGUAUGUCAAUGCUAUCCCACUGGGUAGCGGUGGAUUGCUCGACUCUGAUACACUUUAUGGACUUGCUCGUACGCUACCAAGAAGCCCUAGGAGGUAUACAGCUGAUAAAUCUGUGAAGUUUGGAGCUCCAAGGAAUACUGAUCACCCUGAACUUAGACAGCCACUAGCUAUGGAAGUUUGGCAGUCCAUUACAAGGGCACUUAAUCCAAAUGAUAAGAUAAUGGUACUGACAAAUGGACCUCUUACUAACUUAGCCAACAUUAUUCUUUCAGAUAAAAAUGCAAGUUCAGUUAUACAGAAUGUUUAUGUAGUGGGGGGGCAUAUCCUUGAUGAAUGUGAUGAGAAAGGAAGCGUCUUCACUGUUCCCUCAAACAAAUAUGCUGAAUUCAACAUGUUUCUUGAUCCCGUAGCUGCAAAGAAAGUCAUUGAGUCAGAUCUUCCAAUCACAUUCAUUCCUCUAAGUGCUCAGCGCAAAGUGAGUUCUUUUGAGAGUAUACUCAAACAUCUAAAGCUUGCAGGCAAGACUCCAGAAGCCCUGUUUGCCUAUCAUUUGCUGUCAUUGAUGCAAGAGCUACAGCAACAGCACCAGGCAUACCACCAUAUGGACAUAUUUUUGGGAGAAAUCCUUGGUGCGGUUUUCUUGGUUGAUGGUCCCAAUUUAAACCUGACAAUGCAAAAAAAGCCAGUUAGCGUCUUGGCUGGUGAUACAAGCAAGGAUGGCCAGACGGUCAUCAACAAAAAAUAUGGAAAAUUCAUUAGUUUAUUGAAUAACUUUGACAGAGAAGCAUAUUACAGACAUUUGGCAAAUUUACUCGGUGAUAGGAGACAAUCUGCUGUGAUUGGUAGCUUUGAUGAACAGAAAAAGAAGUGGAGUAUACCACCAAAUGAGACUUAAGGGGUUCAAUAUCUUUGAAGAUUCUUUCAGUAGAAUUACAAAAAAGAAAGGAUUAUUGAUUUCUUAUUUAUGUUCAUAGGUCAUUUGGGGAUCCCAUCCAUAUUCUUGGUUUCUCCAAGUGAAACCACACAGUCAUCUUCAAGUUACUUUCUUUUGAGGAAUAAGCGUUUUCUUGUUCCCACUUGUAUAGCAAACACUGAAGUCAAUAAAAGAAAACUUCACGGUUGGCCUCU